AUGGCUGAUCAGCCUAUAGACCUGAAAUGGUCAGCACCUUUCAACGUCGUGUCUUCCUCGUCCAAGGCAGCAAAAGGACUCGAUGGCGACAAGAUCCGAUUACCGCAGUCCGCCCUCGAGCAGCUACUCGCCGAGUCCACGAGACACACCCAGAGUCACGGAACCGCAUACGACCCCUCGAACCCAUAUCUAUAUAGUACCCGACAAAACUACUCCGAUUCCCUCGCUGGCUUCACCGGUCAGCUACCAAACCCUCUCAUGUUCCGACUCGUCAACCAGAACAAUGGCAACGUGGUAUUCGCAGGCAUCCGGGAGUUCUCCGCCGAGGAGGGCGAGGUGGCACUAAGCCCAUACCUCCUAGAGGCUUUGGGUAUCAAGGAGUCCGGCUCGAAGAACGGAAGCACCGAGGACGAUGCGAUCGAUCUGACAUCCGAGCACAUUCACAGCGAGAGCCGAGUGCAAAUUCGAGUCGAUGCGAAGAGCUUGCCGAAAGGCACAUACGUCCGCCUACGGCCCUUAGAGGCCGGCUACAACCCCGAUGAUUGGAAGUCGCUACUAGAGCGUCAUCUUCGCGGUGCAUUCACCACACUUACUAGAGACACAAUGCUCUCGGUACACGGAGUCAGGGGCGAGACAUUCCAGUUCCUGAUAGACAAGUUCGAGCCAGAAGGAGAUGGAAUAUGCGUCGUCGACACCGACUUACAAGUGGAUAUCGAGGCAUUGAACGAGGAACAAGCCCGCGAGACGGUUCGCCAGAUCGUGGCCAAGUCGCAGAGAGCUCCUGGGACGGCAGAUGGGAGCUCAGUUGGGGGACCGAUCGAUAUCUGGAAAGCGGUGGAAGGACAGGUACUCGAGGGGGAAUACGUUGACUUUGUGCUUGACUCUUGGGACCACAGCCGGCACUUGUUGAUCGAGUUAAGCGACAUUGAGGAUGGCAAGGAGGUCGACCUCCUCAUCAGCCCUAGGUCUAAUCGACAAAGAGCACCCCCUCGCGACUCUGAGCAUGUUUUCGGGGAAUUCUCAUCGCCGACCAAUGGCACGAAGAGCAUCUCAUUAUCUCCAAACAAUGUCGAGCUCGAAGGUGCAGAAAGCCUGGGCAUCUCAGUUCAUGGCUAUGCAGACCCAGACAAGACACCUUCGGACUCUCAACCAAGGACAUUCUCACUUCGUGCAAGGGCGUCGUUGCCGGAGUCCGUUAACGGAGCCAUGGAGGGCGUGGAACAACACUCUCCUGAGGAAGAGCAGUGCAAGAAUUGUUUGCAGUGGAUUCCCAAGCGAACAAUGAUGCUACACGAGAAUUUCUGCCUGAGAAACAACAUCGUCUGCCCCGAUUGCAAGCAAGUUUUCCAGAAGCGAUCGGCCGAAUGGCAAAACCACUGGCAUUGCGACUUUGGUGACGGGUAUGGCAAUACAGCAGAGAGCAAGACGAAACACGACAGAAUCUUCCAUACUCCCCAUGCCUGCCCGCACUGCGGUCCUGAGCAAACUUUCCCGUCUCUUCCCCUCCUCGCUCGCCACAGAACAACAGUCUGUCCAGCCAAGAUCAUUCUCUGCCAAUUCUGUCAUCUCGAAGUCCCUCAAGAAGGCGACCCAGCCGACCCGUCAUCGGAAGCCGAGACAGCUUUGACGGGGCUAACCGCACAUGAGCGCGCUGAUGGUGCGCGAACGACCGACUGCCAUCUCUGCGGGAAUAUCGUCCGUCUCCGUGACAUGGCAGCUCACAUGCAGCAUCACGAGCUAGACAAGAAGGAGCGCGCGAAGCCCGAAGUGUGCAGAGACCAUCUGUGCGGACGGACGUUAUACGGCGUAGGGCCAAAGGGCCAGGUCGGUGCGGGACUACGCAUGGGCCAGGGCCCGGGCAACGAUCUCGGGCUCUGUUCUAUAUGCUUUGGGCCUCUGUACGUGUCGAUGCACGACCCCGAGGGCAAGGCUCUACGGCGCCGGAUCGAGCGCCGCUACUUGUCGCAAUUGAUGACUGGCUGUGGCAAGAGCUGGUGCGUGAACGAGUGGUGCAAGACCGGCAGGAAGAACCUGGGCGUAGAGCCCAAGGUCAGCAGUGGUGGCGCGGCCGCCGCUUUGCCGCUAGUGAAGCCGCUGUUGGGCGAGGUCAACGACAAGAGCAAGCCAAUGCACUUCUGCGUCGAUGAGGGCGGUCAGAAGCGGAAGCUUGUGGCAGAGUUCCUAGCUAACGAGGGCCUGUGGGACAUUGAGUGGUGCUGUGCAGCCACCGAGUCUGAGGGCGCAGACCCGGACAAGGCCAGGGAGUGGUUGAGGAACUGGGCGCCGACCAAGCUUGGAGCAUGA